AGGUAAUUUGAACGCAUUACAAAGUGAAUAGGUAUUCAUUAUCCAAAGCACCGACGAACAAAUGAGCCGGAUAUUCGGAUAAGCCGAAUAUUCAUUAACUGGUACUUACUUGAAAUCGAGGCGAAGGAACGAAGCGGAUGUAAAAUCUCGUAGUACUUGUUGGUGUUGCUGGUCCAUGCGCCAAAAUAUAACGAUCUUGACUUCGUUCCAAUUGUCUUAUAAUCCACAAUCACCGGAUAUAAUUUUGUAGUUCUUAUUCUGCUUCUCCUAUUGUGUCUCUAAAGAAUUGUUUUAUCUCAAUUCCCUUUGAGAUGCUCUUAUAAGUGGAAUUAUUUAACGUCCGGCCCUAAAGAACCGAACCAAAUGUGUAUGAUGUAUUUGGUACAAUCUUUGCCAUGUACAACUUGCUAAGUAUCAUAAGAUAAAUUGUAUGAAUAAUGUUAGCCAAUUUUUAAAAAUUAUAUUUAUUUACCGGUGUACAGAUUUACUGGCAACUCGUUCAACUAACAGCAAGACUUUCUUACGUUUCGUACACCAACGAUCGACCAUUUCAUUACUUACUCUCAUUCCAAUCAUUUGUCGUGAUGAAAGUUAGAACUUUUCUUUAGUUCCAAAUAUGUGAAAUGAAAUCAAGCUUUUUAUAUCCCCUCACAUUUGCCUACGUCAGUAGCUUUCUAGGGAUACUUUUUCUAGUUAUUAUGUAUACUAAUACAUACUAAUCCUGGUUGAGAUAGUAACAAGUGUUGGUUUCCGUCCUUUUUAUUGUACAUAUGCACUGGAGGUACACAUUACUAGAUCUCGCAUGUUGUUAGGCUUUAUUUACACUGAACGAAAGCGUUAUUAGUACUCAUACCUUAUUCAGUAUUUACAAAUGACCAAAACAUUAUUAGUACUUGCGUGUUCAAGAAAAUAUCGUUGAUCGCGUACGUUAGAAUACUAUUGUAAAGUUUAUUUUUUUACAAUAUUAUAAUAGAAACGUUUAAUAAAAUAGAACAACUCACUGAAGCCUUUAGCGCACGUUGUUUAGCAAUUGUGUAUGCAAUAUUGAAACCAAAUAUUCAUUACAAAAAAGAACGCAAAAUAAAAACUGACAAUGUGUACCUUCGGUUAAUCAGUGAGCGCCCCCGAAACGCUCCUCUUAUCAUGUGUAUUUUUCGAUUGCACGUCAGUCUCGCCUUAGAUACGGUUCGUUUUGCACGCAUCGAGCUCAGUUGAUCAUCCCAUGGCCCCCUCUUCCACUUAUUGUAUUAUCGGUGCUGGGCCUUCUGGUUUGUGCACCGCCAAACAUGCGUUGACCUUUGAUCAAAACGCCACGGUGAAAGUGUUUGAGCAGUCUCAACAAAUCGGUGGCCUAUGGGCGUACACCGAGCAAACUGGAAAGGAUUUGAACGGUUUGGAUAUUACGUGUAUGUAUGCGAACCUUCGCACUAACCUCAUUAAACAAGGCAUGGGGUAUCCGGACUACCCAAUCGAUGAACAAGCAGCUACGUUCGUGACAAUCAAUGAUGUGAUAAAACAAUUGGAGGGCUACGUUGAUAAGUUUCAGUUGAAAAAGUAUAUUCAAUUCCAACACCAGGUUGUACGUGUGGUCAGAAACUUUGAAAUCAACAAGUGGGACGUGUUGGUAAAGGAUUUGGCCAACAAUAAGUUCAUCAUGCAUCAAUUCGAUUUCGUUAUUGUCUGCAAUGGCCACUACAGUUCUCCGGUCGUACCAGCUUUUCCCGGACAGAAUGUAUUUCGUGGCCGGCAGCUACAUAGCAAAGAUUACCGACGUGGAGAAAAUUAUCGAAAUGAGCGUGUGCUAGUAAUUGGCGGUGGUCACAGUGGAUUGGAUAUUGCUCCAGACAUUGCCAUCUACGCUGAUAAAGUUAUGCUGAGUCAUCGCUGUAAAGUUCCAGUUCAUACUGGCGGUCGCGUACAGCAGAAACCCGAAGUUUUACGCCUUACGCCAACCGGUGCUGAAUUUGUUGAUGGAACAGAAGAGCAUUUCGACACCAUUGUCUACUGUACGGGAUAUCGCUACUCGACGCCAUUUCUCUCCGUGGACUGUGGAGUAUCGCUCCACGACAAUGCCAUCAGUCCCUUGUAUUAUCACUGUAUCAACAUCAAUCAACCGACGAUGGCCUUUAUCGGGUUGCCAUUCAAUGCAUGCCUUAUGCUAAUGAUGGAUCUACAAGCAAGAUUUUGUAUGUCCUUCUUCAGUGGUCAAAAAGCGUUGCCGAGCAAACAAGACAUGCUAGACGCAUGGCAGAAAGAUCAAGAUGAACGUAAGAUCCGUGGAUUAACAGGAAAACUAACGCAUAUGUUGGCUGGUGAUUUACAACAACGAUACUACGACGAUGUCGCUCGCAUUGCUGGCACUGAGUCUCUUAAACCGGUACUAGCCAAAAUGCAUGCUGAUUGUAUCAACAGUAAAAACGAGGAUGUAAAUUUUCGUAACUAUGUGUAUCACGUCAUUGAUGAUGAAAACUUUGUUAAAGUAAAGAUUCAACCACAAUCGCUAUCCUCAAAUGUUGCCUAGGAAGAAUACAGUGGUUCAUGCGAGAAUUCCGAGUGAGAGAAUUGUUCAUAAAGGACAUUCAUAAUCAAUUGGUUUUAGGCAUAAUUUACAAGGAACAAUUUUAAGAAUAAAUUAGUUAAAAAAAAUAAACGCUAGUUAGAUUAUUCUUAAUUACAGUUUAAUCUUGCCUAAUACGGUCUAGCUGCAGCUAUUUUGUAUUUAAAAAAGGAUUUUGUUUUUUUGACAGAUUUCAUUUAAGCGCUAUUUAAAUUUCACAGUAGCUAUCCAUAGCUAGCAAAAAUAUUUUUGUAUUAUCUAACUAACGACGAACAUAUUCGUCCUCUGUCAGCUUGGACAAAUGCGUCGAUAAUUAUUAUAGAAUUAAAUUAUUUUUUACAUUAGGACGUCCCGGGCGUAUGAAUGAAUUAAACGAUUUUGGAACAAGUUAUAGUGAAUAAGAAAUUAAUUUCCUACCCCUAAUGACGAGUAAUUCUUUUGAAAGCUUAUGACUUACAUUCAAAUUGAAUGUAUCACUAUUAGUCAAUCAAUAAAAGCAUAUCAUUGUUAAUAGGCACU